AGAAACGAAACAGGAGGAAGAGACACGGGAGGAAACCGGGAAGGGCGAUCUUUUUGUUCCCAAAUUACUUGAUCCAGAAACCCUAAUUUCUGAAACGAAGAUCAGAUCCGGGGAAAAUUGGUAAUCGGAAUCAAUGGUGGGUGCAUCGAGCUCAUGGUCUCGCGCACUGGUUCAGAUCUCACCCUACACCUUCUCCGCCAUCGGUAUCGCCAUCGCCAUCGGCGUUUCCGUCUUGGGUGCCGCUUGGGGAAUUUAUAUAACUGGAAGUAGUUUAAUUGGUGCUGCCAUCAAAGCUCCUCGGAUUACUUCAAAAAAUCUGAUCAGUGUCAUCUUCUGUGAGGCUGUUGCUAUAUAUGGAGUUAUUGUGGCAAUCAUUCUUCAAACAAAGCUAGAGAGUGUGCCUGCAUCCAAUAUUUAUGCACCAGAGUCCCUUAGAGCCGGAUAUGCAAUCUUUGCCUCUGGAAUUAUUGUGGGUUUUGCCAACCUUGUCUGUGGGUUGUGCGUAGGAAUAAUUGGAAGCAGUUGUGCUUUAUCUGAUGCUCAAAACUCAUCACUUUUUGUUAAGAUCCUUGUGAUUGAGAUCUUUGGCAGUGCACUUGGAUUGUUUGGGGUGAUUGUGGGAAUAAUCAUGUCCGCUCAAGCAACAUGGCCGGCCAGUACGGCAUGAUCAUGUAUUGUAUUUUCAGCUGUAGAUCAUGGGUGCUUAUAUUGUAAUUGCGGAGGUUGAACUUGAACCAUGUUUUUGUUCCGAACCCAUAUGCAUAAUUUUUUUUUUCCAGUAAUUUAAUGAAUUUGGAUUUGAUUGUGUUCUGGUUGAUCCAA